AUGUUUUUUACAGACCCGAAUAGAGAUUAUGGAGCUGUUUUGAAAAGUUGGUGAAGUGGUGUGCCAGCAUAUACAAGAUUCAUUAUUUAUGUCGCAUGUGGAACCUAUAUUUUGUCAUGGGUAAUGCUUGGCUUUAUUGCUAAAUUACUCCCUCGAUAAGUGGAAUCCAAUAGAAAAAAUCUAUUUUUGGAUAUUAAGCCUCCAUGAGCAAAAGAAAAAAAUGUUUUUAUUAAAAAUAUUCAUAUAUAUAACGAUUAAAUAGAUUAAAUUUCUAGCUAAUUAUGUUAAAUUUUAAAUAGCUUACUUCUAAAAAUAAUUUUAUAAAAUAAAUUAUAUUUUUUACUUUAAAAUUUUUAGGAUUUUUGGUUUUCUAAACAUUCAAAAGCAUAUGAACUCCCCUUUCAUGCAGGCAAAAACAUUGCUCGAUACAGAUGGGUCUUGUAAGCUGAUAAACAUCCCGAUCCUUACUAUCCAAUAUUUCCAGUUUUGGAGGCUUUUUACAUCACCUUUUAUCGCUUAUAGCUUACUUACUUUACUUUUUGAGAUGAUGUCAUAUUUGCCAACUGCAUGUAAAACAGAGAGAAGACUGGGGACGGCUAAAUACGUAGCUUUUUUUAUGAUAAAUUUUCUGAUACUAGAGCUAGCAUUUUCUGCGUUAUUAUAUGGGCUUUCGUUUAUACCAUCACUUUCAGGGCUGUCUCUAAAUCCAACAGCAGGACUAUGGCCACUUAUAAUGGUUGAAAUGGUUAUUAGAUGCAAUAUGAACCCAGAUUCUCCCACUUCUUUUUUUUGCUUCCCUAUUCAAAUAAAAGCAAAAUAUAUGCCAUGGGCUUUUCUCUUAUUAUUUUCAUUAUUUGCUGGCGUGCUCUGGGAUUUACUUGUAGGGAUUAUACUAGGAUAUUUACGUAACCUAUAUUUAGAUGUCUAUAAGUUGAUGGAAUUUACUUAUAUCUCAAACGAAAAAGCUGCAGCACUUGAAAAUUCUAUUUUGAUGAGUGGGCUUAAGAAUAUUACUAACUUCAUCAAUUUAGCUGAUGCAGGAAAUGAGGAACCAAUGUCUGUAGUCCAACAAGGUAGCUCAGGGAUUGCUCUUCAGCAGCCAAACAUACAAGUCCAAAGGUCUCAGCCUUUUGUACCUUUUGGCGGGCAAGGAUAUAGGCUUGGAGGAGAAGAUAAUUCAGGGCCUAGAAGACAUCACAAAGUGAUUUUUAUGUAGCUUACCGAGGUAGAGAAUGUAAAAGAAGAUGAUUCUUUAGUAUAG